GGGCGGACGAAGCGAGAGGAAGGACGGGUGAAAAGGAGCGUGCGUGGAGAAGAGAGAAGAAGCAGACGAGAGCGAGCGGAGAGCGAGGAAACGCGCGCGAGAGCGAGCGAGCGGUAGAAGACGACAGGCGGCGCGAGGGCUCGUGUGCGUGCGCGUAGACGCGCGUUGAUGCGUCGCUGGCGUCGUCGAGCCCCGCCAGGAGCAGCGGCGCUGCGUAGACGCCGCCGUCGUUGAGGAGGAAACACGGGUGCGCCGCCGGGACGUUCCCCGUCGUCGCCGUCUUCGCUGUCGUCGCCUUCGCCGCCGUCGCCGCCGUCGUCGCCGUCGCCGUCGUCGUGGUGACCGUCGUCGUGCCGGUGAAUUAGUGCUGGUGGUGGUGUCGGAUUGCCGGGAGUGCAGUGAUACGCCGUCGUCGUCGCCGUCGCCGACGUGACCGUCGUCGUCGCCGUCGUCGGUGGUGGUAGUAGUAGUAGUAGUAGUGGUGGUGGUGCCGGUGCCGUCGCCGGUGGUGUCGGUAGUAGUAAUAGUAGCAGCGGCAGCGGCAAGUGGGAGGAGGGAGCGAGAGUGAGAGAGGCCACCGCCAGGACGAGAGAUAACGAGCGAGGGAGACGGCGAAAGAGGGAGAGAGAAGGAAGACGGGGACCACGAGGACGGCGACGAGGCGUCGUUGUCGUCGUCGCUCGUUCGCCGCCGUCGUCGUCGUCGUCGCCGUCGCCGCCACCGCCGCCGCCACGGUGGCGAGAUUAACACCCGUCCCGUCCACCGGGACGAUCGGCGAUUAGUGUCUUUAACACGCUUCAUCGGGAGCAUCGCAUCAUCACCGUGUGUGCGAAAGAGAGAAAGAGAGAGAGCGAGAGAGACAGAGAGGAAGCAGCAGCCGCAACGAAGGUCGCCGCCGGUCGGCGAGCAGCGCUCGCUGUCACUGCGAAUCGCUCGUACACCCUCCUCUCUCCCUUCCUCCUCCUUCGUCCACGACCUGCCCCUUCGAUAUACCUCCGUCUGCCACACCACCUCCACCUCUUCCUCCUUCGUCGCCGUCACCUCCUCCGUCAAAGGAGGAUUCCGCCGUCCUGAGCCAUGGCGUGCUGCCUGUCGGAAGAGGCGAAGGAACAGAAACGCAUCAACCAGGAGAUCGAGAGGCAACUGCGGAGGGACAAGCGGGAUGCCAGGCGGGAACUCAAACUGCUGCUACUCGGCACCGGCGAGUCGGGCAAGUCCACCUUCAUUAAGCAGAUGAGGAUCAUCCACGGUUCCGGUUACUCGGACGAGGAUAAGAGAGGGUUCAUCAAACUCGUGUACCAAAACAUUUUCAUGGCGAUGCAGUCCAUGAUUCGGGCGAUGGACCUCCUGAAGAUCCAGUACGGCGACUCCUCGAACAUAGAAAAGGCGGAACUCGUGCGAAGCGUGGACUUCGAGACGGUGACGACGUUCGAGAGCCCGUACGUGGAGGCGAUCAAGGAUCUGUGGGCGGAUUCCGGUAUACAGGAGUGCUACGAUCGCAGACGGGAAUACCAGCUCACGGACUCCGCCAAGUAUUAUCUUAGUGACCUAGAGCGUAUCGAAAAGCCUGAUUUCCUUCCGACCGAGCAAGACAUCCUCCGGGCACGAGCCCCCACCACCGGCAUUAUAGAAUAUCCGUUUGAUCUGGACUCCAUCAUAUUUAGGAUGGUAGACGUCGGUGGACAGAGGUCGGAAAGAAGAAAGUGGAUCCAUUGUUUCGAGAAUGUCACUUCAAUUAUAUUUUUAGUAGCUCUAAGUGAAUAUGAUCAAAUUCUAUUUGAAUCGGAGAAUGAGAAUCGAAUGGAGGAAAGUAAAGCACUCUUCAAAACGAUUAUAACAUAUCCCUGGUUUCAACACUCUUCCGUUAUCCUGUUUCUCAACAAGAAAGAUCUGCUAGAGGAAAAGAUCAUGUACUCUCAUCUCGUCGAUUACUUUCCGGAAUAUGAUGGUCCGCAGAGAGACGCCAUAGCAGCUAGAGAAUUCAUUCUGAGGAUGUUCGUUGACUUGAAUCCGGACAGUGAGAAGAUUAUUUAUUCCCACUUUACGUGUGCCACAGAUACGGAGAAUAUUAGAUUCGUGUUCGCGGCGGUAAAGGACACCAUUCUGCAGUCCAAUCUGAAGGAGUACAACUUGGUUUAGGCAGCAAAAUGCGCUGCGAAUCCGAGCGGACUCGACCAGUUUCUCUCGCACCCUGACCAAUGUAUCAGUGUGAGAUUACUACUCCGUUGACUCGCAAGCGCGACCCGACAACGUUGGAAGAACGACGAAGAGGCACGAGAGGGCGGGAAAAAAAGAAAGAAAAAAAAAACCUGUGGUGCCAUCAUGCGCGCAUGCAUGCAUGUAUACCGAGGGCGUUGCGUCGCGCCGUGUCGAGCUUCGUCGCAUCGAGAGUGUCGCACCGACAGCAGCCGUUAAGCUAAGACGCGUAAGAUACACGUAACUUCACGACGGACGUGAAAGCGCGGCGAAAAGAGAGCGGACUAGGACCUAAAAAAAAAAUUUAAAAAAAAAAGCGUCACACGAGCGUCGUUACGCGUUCUUUUUCUUAUAAAAAAUUUAAAAAAAAGAAGGAGCAAGGAAAUGGGAGAAAAAGGGUAAAAUCUCUCCACUGGCGACACCAACUCGCGCGAGUCGAUUCGGUUCUCUCGGUUCUCUCUACACACCGGUUCCCGUUUUGGGAUUUGUUACCUUUCUUUUUGUAGAUUAGUUCUUAGUCGAUAUCGCGCGCGCGAAUGCGCCCCUCCCCUCCCCCACCCCCCCACACCCCUCCGUGCCGGGGAUGCGUCGAUAAGCCGGGGGACCCCCGGUUAUCGUUGUCUGACUUUUAUAUAUAUGAAUGAACGAACGAACGAGGGCGAAUUCACACACGUGUUUCACGCGCGUUGAGCGUGGCGCACGACGCGGCUGUGCCGCUCGCAUUUUUAACGGCGCGUCCCGUCUGUGUUCGUCUCGAGUCCAAGAGAUCUCAGCUGAGGAGAAGAAACUGAAGAGGCGAAACGGCGAGACGGGCGAACGAAAAAAAAAAAA